AUGCAAUCGGGUGAUCAAAUGUACGGAUAUACGACAAUUCUUUUGGCCAGCGCACCAAUGGCCAGUCAAUUAUCGAUGGCACAAUUGAAAUGGACCAUAUUUUUCCCGAUUUUCGCCAUUCCUGCCAUCACACUUUUGAUUUCGGUUGGACAUUUGUCGAGAAGAGCACCGGUGCAAACGUUUCGAAAAAUAGCUCCAAUUGGUGCAGGUUUGUUUUUUGUGAGGGAGGAAGGAAGGGGAAAAUUUGAGCCAAUUUGGAUGAUCAUUUUUUUUCGUAAAAUACGGGAAAUGUUGGAAACAUCAAAACAGUUCUAAUUAUUAGAAAUAUUUUUUGUUUGAAACGUAUUUGAAACAGUAUAUUUGUAUUUUAAUAAAAAAUUUCUAAAAGGCAAUUUCAAAAGAAAUUGCUUUUUUUCUCGAUGAGACAACGAUAUUAGUUCUCAAAAAAUUCCAAAACAUUUAAAAUUAAUUUUGAAACAGUAGUUUUUUUCAAACAUAGAUUGCAAAAUAUUUCCGAAAACAUUCGGAAUAAUUUUUGAACUGUAGAUUUUUUCAAGAAAGCUUUUUUUCUAAGCUUCAAAUUCUAAUGUAACAAAACAUAACUAAGGCCAUGAUUCGGAAUUUGUUUUCAAAAAAUGUAUUGAUAAUUUUUCUUUCUAUUAGGAAAUGAAAAAAAUUCCAAAACUAUUCAAAUAAAUAUUGAAACAGCAGAUUUUUCUCAAAACAUGAUUGCGAUUUUUACAAACAGCAGAUUAACACUACAUUAUUACCAAAAUUGUUCCGAAAUCUUUCAAUAAAUUUUUGAAACAGCAAUUUUUUUCAACAACACUUUAUAAAAAUUUUCAGAAAGAAUAACUUUUGAAACAACGAAUAUUUUGCAGGAAUUGGCUGGGCAUUAACAUGGCAUAUAGCAGAAAAGCUUUACACAGAAAGUCUCCGCGCAUCUCAAAUUCUAAUUUAUUUCAUCAAUUCUCUUCGCCCAACUUUAUCUUGGGCUCUUGAAUGCGAACAUUCAUAUAAUUCCAAAUUUUGUCAACCAUUCAAUGAUCCAAAUGUUUCAAAAUCAAUAUUAUAUCCAAAUAAUUUCUGGCCAGCUCAAGAAUUCAACAGAUUUCGAAUCCGCCAGAAUGCAUUACCAGAAUCAAUGCCAGCAAAAUGGGAACCAAAUAUGUGGUAUUUAGGAGAUUCAAAAGAGGAAUUUUAUUUUGCAAUUCCAAGUAUUCCACUUUUCUUAUCACAUAUUCUAACCUGGACAACUAUCUACUUUAUUCUAGUCAAAUUUUAUGAUCGACUCGGAGAAAUUCUAACAAAAAUAUUUGUAUUUAUUCCUGUAAUGUUAUAUUUAGCAGUUGUUAUGGGAAUGACUGUUUCUGGAUUGCAUUUCACAAAUGGAACUAUGGAAGUCAGCUUAGAUGAUAAGAAAAUCAGUGAAGAUCUUUUUGAUUUUUGGGCAGAUUUGAAGGGCGGAUUUCGAACUUCUAUUCUGAUUGUUGAUUAUAGUAUGGCUUUUACUGGAAUCGUGAUAUUUGCAACAAGUCGAUUAAGAACUGGAGUAGGAUAUUUGAAUGCUCUUUUUGUUGUUCCAAGUAUGAUGGUUAGUUUUUGAAUUAAAAAUUAAAUUUCAGUAAUAAUUCAGAAUUUUCAAAAAAAAAGUUGACAUGAGCAAUCCCUUUCGAAAAGCGUCAACAAAUUAAAUUCUAAAACUCUUGAAUUUCCAGAUUGUCCCAAUGAUCCAAACAAUUCUUCGAGCUGGCUGCGAAGGUCACAUCUCAGAUCUCCAACCCAGCUACAAAAUCUUUGCCUCAACCGACGAAACAAUCUCCUUCGAUCUUCUUCCCGUCUGUUUUGCCACAUCGAAUCUUGGCCCAAUUUGGUCGGCUCUCUACUUUUUCGCUCAAUAUUUCUAUACAUCUUUGGGACCAAUGAUUGUCUACACCGCUUUCAUCUAUCAAAGUUUCAUCGAUGAUAUUCCAACUGUUCAGAAUUAUCCAAAAAGGUUUAUCGGGUUAUUAUGUUUGGCUUUCACAGUCCCAGCCAUUUUUCUAUACAUGCCGGUGAGUUUAAAAAGAACAAUUGAAAAACAAAAAAAAAGUUUCUAGCUUGGCACAAAAGUGGCUGCAUUAUUUCGAUACACUUCACAAUCAGCAAUAAUUCAAAUUUUGGCAUUUGUGAUUAUUUUCUUCAUUUAUGGUUGGCAAAGAAUUGAGCAAGAUGUUUUGAUGACGUCACCAACUGCAGUUUCACCAGGAUUGACAGAUUAUUUGAUUCGACCAACUAGUCCAAUUUAUACAACUGCGCUUUUUACGGUUAUACCCAUGUUGAUUUGUGUGAGUUAUUCUAGAAAGGCAACUAAUAAGGGUUCUGAAAUUAUAUUUUAACGAAGGAAGAUCUGAAAGAUUGUAACAUUAUUUUUACAAAUAUAUGAAAUUAAUAUUAACCAAAAUGAAUCUCAUGGUUUUCAUUAUUUUUUAAAACAAAAAAUAUUUUUCAGGCCAAAUUUGUAGCCGUGUUCGAUUUUCUUCCCUCUGGAAACGAUGUUAUGAAGCAUAUCGAUGCUGGUGUUCAAUUCAUACCUCUUCCACAUUGGGCCGCUCGUCUUGUUGGUUAUUUAAUCAUGUUCGCUCCAUUGCUAAUUGUUAUAAUCACAGCAAUCUAUACAACUUUUGAUCUAUCAUAUCGACACAAACUUCCACUUUCUGAUCUUUUUCGACCAACUUCUGAUUGGAUGCACAUAG